CUUUGCUGAGAGGUUUUAAAGGGGGCUGCUUAAGGGAUGAGGGAUCUUGUCAGUGUUAGCUGGGAGCUGGGAGCUGGGCAGUGAAGAGACCGUGUGUGAGGUGUCAUGUUUCAAUGUCCCAGUCCCACUCGGUGUCAGGAGGGCGGGCGAGUCGUGCAUCCUCGUUGACCGCAGGCAGCAGCGGCGCUGACUCGUAAACCCAGCUUCCCUGAGGCGAAACUGUGCCUGGGGAGAGGAGAGGGGAGGGAAGCGGAGCGGAGAGACGACAAAGUGAGAAUCACCGCCCCCCUCCCAGCACUGACACUUAGCUAAAGAUAAUUCCCGUGCUCGGCGCGUCUUCAACCCAACGCCGGGAACGGGGCGGAUGCAAGGAUGACGGUGGCUGUGGAAGGUGAGGCCGGAGCGAUCUCCCCCUCGCUGGCGAUCUACAUCGGGAUAGAGGUGCUGAUCGCGGUCACCGCCGUGCUGGGCAACGUGCUGGUGUGUUGGGCCGUCAAGAUCAACCGGGCUCUCAGGGAGACCACCUUCUGCUUCAUCGUGUCGCUGGCGCUGGCUGACAUCGCCGUGGGCACGUUGGUCAUCCCUCUGGCCAUCACUAUCAGCAUCGGCCUCAAGACCCACUUCUACAGCUGCCUCCUCUUCUCCUGCACCGUCCUGGUCCUGACCCAAAGCUCCAUCCUUGCGCUGCUGGCUAUCGCUAUCGAUCGCUACCUUCGAGUCAAGGUCCCCACCAGUUACAAGAGUAUCGUGACACAGAGACGAGCUGGAACUGCUGUGUUUCUAUGCUGGGCCAUAUCUAUAAUUGUCGGCAUGAUUCCCAUGUUUGGAUGGAACAAGUACACUGAAGUUACCCAAAGUGGAGAGAACUCCAGUCGCAUGAACAAUAUCAUUGUGUGCCAGUUUGAGACUGUAAUCAGUAUGGACUAUAUGGUCUACUUCAACUUCUUUGGUUGGGUGCUGCUACCUCUUGUACUGAUCUUUGUGAUCUAUGUGGAGAUAUUUAAUCUUAUACGGAAACAUCUGAACCAAAACAUCUCAAUCAACAAUACUGAUCCACGAAGGUACUUCGGGAAGGAGCUAAAACUCGCAAAGUCGUUGGCUCUAGUGUUGCUGUUAUUUGCAAUUUGUUGGCUUCCUCUACAUAUCAUCAAUUGCAUUACACUCUUUUGUCCUUCGUGCGACAAACCGAGGAUAGUACUGUACAUUGCCAUCUUUCUAACACACGCAAACUCUGCUGUAAAUCCCAUUGUGUACGCUUUCAAGAUCAACAAGUUUCGAGUGACCUUUCUCCAGAUAUGGACCCAUUACAUUUGCUGUAACAAAGAUCACAACUCAAAUAACUUAAGCAGAGAACAGUUAAGAGGUAGAAGAGAACAGAGAAGUACUAUGUAACUUAUAUACUGUACUUGAAGUAAUUGCCCUGGAUAAUCAGUCAGAUCAUUAUCGAUGCUGAGUUCAUUACAUUACUAUUGAUUUAACUGAAAGAGCAUCAGAAUAUUCUGACGCAAAAAUAAACUUGCAAAAUGACAACUGUCAAAGUCACCUGCUAUCGAGCAAAGAAUCUUUUUCAAACAUUUAGAACAUAUCUGGUGAAGCUUUGGCAACUCUUUGUUCCUCCUCUGUUUUUUCUUUUAAUUUGCUUCCUUGUCGAGCUCACAACGUUCUCAGUUUCAGAGAAAGGCACCGAAGCACUAACAUGAUGAUGGAUUGCUGGACAACUGAGUGACGAGGGUCCGGGCUACUGCAGCAACUUUACAGAAGAAGGAGACUUUCAGCAACAUGGAGCCAAUUUAAAUCGAAACACUGUGUAGGAAGGAACUGCAGAUGCUGGUUUAAACCGAAGAUAGACACAAAAUGCUGGAGUA